AUGUCGCAUUUCAGGUCGAAGAGGCUGGAUCUCAGCGGGUUUAUCAAUGCCCGCGUGAUCCGCGACCACACGAAGCGCAAGGUCUUUGAGCAAUAUGAGCCUGACCGUCAAGCUCUCCGCUACAUAAUCCGCAACACCACCCUCCCCCAGCGUGUCCGUGCCCAGGCUCAGCUGCAGCUUUCUCAGAUGCACGCCUACACCCGGCCGACGCAGAUCAAGAACAGAUGUGUAGCAGGAGGAAUCGCCAGGAGUGUGAUACGCGAUUUCAGAAUUGCUAGAUAUCAAUUCCGUCAGCAAGCGCUUAAUGGUGAACUCCCCGGCGUGAAGAAGGCGAGCUGGUAG